UGAACACUAUGUCUUCCGCUACAGAGGUCAGACUCCUCACUCUGCUCAAUGUAACAGCAACGAGAUAUCCUCUUGAUCGAGAUCAACCAGGUGGUCACCGUUCUUCCACUUCUACCCCCACACCAGCUUCCCCACAGCCGAACGAAGGACAGGCGGUGAAAAGGAGGAAGAGCGUAGUUUUCGGAGGUGAGGUAGGUCCGACUGGUAGCUCGUUUGUUCGAAAACGUCUCAAAGUGGAUUUCGGAUCGGAUAAACCAUCACAGAACCGAAAAGUUAGAGUGGAGGAGGUCGAUGAUGGCUUGAAAGAAGGAGAAGAGGGGUUUUUGGUGAAAGAUGUUGAAGAGUCGGAAGAUGAGUCGGGUCCUUCUGGCUCACAAGAUAUGUUCAAUCUUCACUUCGGUCCUUCUCCUUCUAUCUUGACGCCGGAGAGUAUCUCUGCGGCGGAUGCUCAUGAGUGGGGGCUUGAACGGAAGAGUCUCAAAGGGUUCGGAAAGUCGGUGGAAAAUUGGCCUGGGAAGACGGGUGAGCUGGGGUCGAAUGAAGAGGCUUUGAAUAGGAUCACACCCGCUCUUCUCUCCUCUCUCCGGGGUACAAAACCAGCCCCUUUGGUCUCCACUUCCCUGUCCCACCUGGGAACAUACAAAGAUUUCUAUUUCCAUUCCCUCGACGGAGAAGCCGAUGGAUCAGAGACGAAACUUCUCGGUGAACAGAAAGAAUCUCUCCGACAAGCCAUCAUGGUCCAUACCUUCAAUCACGUCCUCAAAACCCGAAAGAGGAUUCUCAAGAAUAACGAAAAACUCUCUCGGGCAGCUUCUUCCGGUCAUCCUAUUGAUCCUCCUCGAGAUCAAUCAUUCACUCGUCCUAAAGUCUUACUUCUUCUACCACUGCGCUCCUUGGCCCUUCACUAUCUGUCCACUUAUCUCUUCCCCCUGGCACCUUCAGGAACUCAAAUUGAGAGUUUAAAACCGUUCACAACUUCGUUCUCUCUACCUUCCGAUACGACUGAUCCCCUCGGUGAGCCUUCAGCGACACAACGAUAUCCCAUUGAUCAUCUGGCCAAUUUCAAAGGAAACAGCGAUGAUAAUUUCAGAUUUGGAAUCAAAAUCACGCGGAAAGCUUGGAGAGUGGUCAUGAUGCCUGCCAACGAGGAGAAAUUGAUGGAUUGCGAUAUUUUGGUGGCUAGUCCUCUGGGGAUAAAGAUGACUGCUGAGAAAGAGAAGAGCGAGGAUUUAUUGGCCAGCAUGGAAAUUGUGGUGGUGGAUGGUAUGGAUGUGAUGCAGAUGCAAAACUGGGAUCAUGUGCAGUUCAUCUUUGAUCACCUCAACAAAAUUCCAGAGUCUCCUCAUGGUUGUGACUUUUCCCGAGUCAAACCUUGGUAUCUAGACAAUCAAGCCAAAUAUCUUCGACAAACUAUCCUCUUAUCCCGAUAUGACACCCCAGAAGGACGUGCCCUCUUUCAUCGCCAAUGUCACAAUUUAGCGGGAAAAAUCCGAUUAGAUCGUGCUUCUUUCCCUGGUGUGCUUGACAGAGUUAGACCCGGAGUCAAGCAGGUGUUCGAACGUGUGGAUCUUGGACAAAGAGGAUUAGGGGGUGACGCAGCUGCAGAGGAGGUUGAAAAGCGAUUAGAGUGGUUCUUGAAACAAACUCUACCCUCUUUACUACGAUCUGCCGUGUCGAGACAGAACACUUUGGUGGUGGUACCUUCUUACUUUGAUUUCGUUCGACUCACCAAUGCCUUGAGGAAAUCCGAAGUCAUCACAUUCUCUGCCAUAUCAGAAUACUCUUCCAAUUCUGAAAUCUCUCGAGCCCGAACGACAUUCUUCAAAUCACGCGUCCCCUUCUUAAUCGUAACUGAACGAUUCCACUUUUACCGACGAUACCGUCUUCGAGGAGCUAAAACCCUUGUUUUUUAUUCUCUCCCAGAUCAUGCGCAGUUUUAUACGGAAUUCCUUCGUAUGCCUUUCCUCGGUCCUGGAGGUGAAGAAAUGGAAGGUGAGGUGGAUGAAGGCGAAGUACAAAGUAGGGUGUUGUUCAGUAGGUUUGAUAAGUUGAAAUUGGAACGGGUGGUAGGGAGUGAAGAUGCUAGGAGGAUGAUGAGUAGUGGAGAGGGACGAUUUCAAUUCACUUAGUAAUCUUGAGUUGGAUUAAUAUGUCGAAGAUCUUGUCUCAUAUCAACAGAUCGAAGGAGAUAUCUAGGUGUCUAUCAACUUAAUCAUCUAUGAACCUGUCAUGAAGACGAGAGAGAGUGCAAUGGACAAUUUGAUACUUCUCCUAUCACAGUGAAACAUCUUGGUAUACCAUCGAAUGAUCAGUAUGGACAAUUUACACUGAAAAUGUAUAGAUUGGUAUUUACUGUCUAUUUGUAAGACUAUGUACAUAUUCAUAUUUUUC